CAGCCUCAUGUUCUCCUCCGACUUCUUCGGCACGGACUUCACGAAGAACCCGCUGGGAGCCAACAAGCCUUCCUUAUGUCACGAGCAUGCAGUCGAACCUACUCCCAUAAAGGCGCAUGCCGAGCGGAGCUAUCCUUUCGUUCUCCUCCAGUUCCGCCCAGCUUUUGCACUUCAACUUUACUUGCGCUUUGUGCGCGCUCCAUACGUGGUUCGGAACCUGGAAUAUCCGGUUUUAGAGACUGUGGGACAACUUCCUGUCCUGAUGGAUGGGCAGUUCCUCUUGCCAGAAGAAGACGCCCUGGGGUACCUUCGUG